AUGCUUCGUUUUAUUCAACCAUUCGUACUUGCGCGUUUCAUUCGUUGUCUAAUACCUUGCUCGAAAAUAUCAUUACCAGAAGUGAUAUGUUGGGCUGCACUCAACAGUGCUUUUCCUUGGUUAAUGUUCACAAUUCGACAUAUGGGUUUGAUACGUGGUUUUCUUGCCGGACUCGAUGGACAUAAUCUUUGGCUCGGCACAUUAGAAACUAUUGUUGUAUUGGCUAUUCUUUGGACACAUGUUGGUUUCACCAUUCUAUUGGCUAUGAUAUACACACUGCUGGUUAUUUCCAUUCAAAUUCUCUGUGGUAAAAUUAUGCAAAUUAUUUGGACACAACGUGUUCGACAAACAGAUUUGCGUAUCAAAUUAAUGAAUGAAAUCGUUAAAUCAAUUCAUCUCGUUAAAAUGUACGUUUGGGAAAGGCCAUUUCAAUUAAAAGUCGAACGCGUACGACGAAAAGAAACUUUCUAUGUUAUUUUAAAAUCAGUGGUGAAUAGUGUGAAAAUAGUCAAUGGUUAUUCAUUUUCAUUGAUAUUCUUUCUCAUCAUUUUUGGUCUUCUCUGGUAUCGACGUGCACCAUUCAAUACAGACUUUUUUACUAUUGCUUUUGUGCUUAUCUUCUAUCUUCGACAUACUUAUUUGCAUGGUUUUGCUAAUUCUUGUGUGAAUCUGGCCCAAUAUUGGGUAGCCGUACAACGUAUUCAGGCAUUUUUAACUGCUGACGAAUACAAUCAACCGAAAAUGAUCAUCAUGCAAAAUGAAUUUAAUAAUCAAAAUAUAUUGACUAUUGACAUUCAAAAUUUGUCGUCGAGUUGGGAGAGUUCAUUGUUACUGACUUUACUUGGCGAAAUGAAAAUGACUAGUGGUACCAUAAAAUUAAACAGAAAUGCUCGUUUCGGUUAUGUGCCUCAAGAAUCAUGGAUAUUUUCUGGUUCGAUUAAAGAAAAUAUUCUUUUCGGAAUGGAAUUCAAUGAGGAAAAAUUCAAUGAAUCUAUUUAUGCUGCCAGUCUCGACACGGAUUUGGCGAAUUUUCAAUAUGGUGACUCGACCUUAGUUGGAGACAAUGGCAUCAUUUUAUCUGGUGGACAAAAGGCACGUUUAUCAUUGGCUCGAGCACUCUAUCGAGAUGAAGAUAUUUAUCUACUCGAUGAUCCCCUUUCAGCUGUCGAUGUGCAAGGCACUCAAGUAGCAAGUGGAACUUAUGCACAUUUAUAUGAGACAUGUCCUGAAUUCAAACAAUGGACACAGACAAAUACGAACAUUUCGCGGUUGGAUUCAUCUUCUACAUCAGAACCAACUAGUCCGUUGUAUACAUCAGCCGUACCCGACUUUGUCACACAAUUAUCAUUAUUGAUGGGACCACCUAGUAAUAACGAAGCGGAAAAAUUGCUGACACAAACUGUUGAAAAAUCCGUGCAAAAGCAAUCAGAAGAGUCCAAGCGUACUGGUGCAGUUAGUAGUAGUGUCUAUCUUCGAUACAUUCAAGCCAGUCUUUGUGGAACCUUUGGCAUCAUUAUCAUAUUUCUAUUAUUCAUAACAACUAGUGCGCUUACUUUGUUUGUUAAUUGGUGGCUAGGUCGAUGGUCAAAUGCUGAAAGAAUUCGUUAUGCAUCAAAAUCAACGAAUGACAGUUGCGCUCUUGAAGAUCAAUCAUCGAUUCGGAAUAUGACAAUUAAUGAAUGGCACAGCAAACGAGACAAUUAUUUCUAUGUCCUUCUCGGUCGUAUUAUAAACCGUUUUUCAAAAGAUAUCUCGUCAAUUGAUGAAAGACUGUCUGAAGCGACAUAUAAUUUUACUGAGGCAUUUUCCAAUAUUGCUUCAACAAUUUCGUUUAUCGCAUUCAUUCAACCAUUGUCAUUAAUAUCAUUAAUAUUUGUUGGUACCAUACUAGAACGGAUACGUCGGACUUUUAGUCCAGCAAUACGUGACAUAAAACGGCUUGAAAGUCUCGGUCGAUCACCAAUCUAUUCUCAUAUUUCCUCAACGAUUCAAGGUGUACCAUUGGUUCGUUCCUAUGGAGCACAAACAAUGUGUACUCGAGAUUUUUCUUAUUAUCUUGAUGAGCACAGCCGUGCUUACAAUUUAAUGCUUAUAAUGAAUCGAUGGCUAGCAAUGAGAAUCGAAUCUGUUGUAGCAGCCUUUAUCGGUCUUCUUACGUUUUCGAUGUUAUUUGUUCAUCGAAAAUCGUCAACGUUUGCUCAAUCGAUUGUUUUACCACCACAAUGGCCAAUUGGUUCCAUUCUUUUCGACAAUAUGUCGUUUCGUUAUUCACCAGAUUCAUCAUGGGUACUUAGCAAUAUUAGUAUUUCCAUUCAACCUGGCGAAAAAAUCGGUAUCGUUGGUCGAACUGGUGCCGGUAAGAGUUCAAUCAUUCAAUCAUUAUUUCGUAUGGCUGAACUUGAUGGUCAAAUAUUGAUCGAUGGGGCGGAUAUAAAACAGAUUUCGUUGUAUGAACUUCGUCGACAUAUUUCAAUAAUUCCUCAAGAUCCUGUUCUCUUCAACGAUACUCUUCGAAUUAAUCUCGAUCCAUUCGGUGAAUAUUCCGAUAUUGAAAUAUGGAGUGCACUCAAUGAGAUUCAAUUUAAAUUCGAUUUGAUCGAAGGUCUUCAACACCAAGUAACGGAAGGUGGAUUGAAUUUUAGUGUGGGUCAACGACAAUUGAUCUGUCUGGCUCGAGCACUGCUUCGAAAAAAUCGAAUACUUCUUAUUGAUGAAGCUACAGCCAAUGUUGAUCAUAAGACAGAUGAAAUCAUUCAAUUAGCCAUUCGACGUAAAUUUGUUCAUUGUACCGUAUUAACAAUAGCUCAUCGAUUACGAACUAUUAUUGAUAGCAAUAAAAUCCUAGUGUUAUCAUAUGGACGUGCUGUCGAGUUUGCCAGUGCUCAUGAGUUAUUAAUUGACGAUCAAUCCUAUUUUUCUCAACUUGUCUCGCAAACUGGUCAACGUGAAGCCAAAUAUUUGAGACAUCAAGCCAAAAAAGCAGCCAAGUCGCGAAAGUGA